AUGUCCACAUCUAUAAAGUGCUCGGUUGCCACCCGAGGCAAAGCCCCAGCUAGAAAUCAAAAUGAUGCACCCGACAUUCCAAGAUUUCGGGAUGCCAAGGCGGCCGAAAAUUACAUGAAAAGCCUGCCUAGAAAGGUUGCAUCCACCAAAUUUGUGUGCAAAUCCACACAUAUCUCAUUAGGGGUUCUUGAAGGGGUCACCAAAUUGUUCUGUAACAUCAUGUGGGAAAACCUUCUCAAUCUCAUGGCACACACUUACGAGCUCCAUACUAGAGAUUUUAUUGCCGAUUGCGGGUUAGAUAACGAAAAGAAAAUAGUCGCAUUUCAACUUCUAGGGGACCAAAGGUACAUUGAUUUUACAACAAUAAACGACAUCUUGGGCUUGCUUUCUUCGAACACAUCCACAGUUUUCGACGUCUUACCUGCUGAGUUCAACAAUGAGACCUUUUGGAUGGAAAUCACCGGGGGUAUCUUUUCAUGCGCCGGUUGGGAUAAAGCAACCCCCAUCAUUCACCCGUGCCUCCAUAUUGCCCAUCGCAUCUUGGUGUGCACUGUAUUUUCCCGUAAAGAAGUUGGCCAGGUCAUCAAAAAUGAGCUCUUUUUUCUUUGGUGCAUGACACGACGUGAAAACCCACCAACCCCAGACUUUGCUUCAUUCUUUUUCUAUAAAUGUGCACUUAUGAGAACCAAAGCAUCCGGUGAUAUUUGCAUCAGUGGUUUUGUCACCCUUUUAGCUUGCGGUCUUGACAUCGAACUUCCAGACGAAUACCAACCUGUUGACAAUAAAACUCUUUUGGAUGAGCGUGCUCUCACAAACAUGCACUACAUUUUUCGUCGAAGCAGGAGCAAUUUCACAUGGUAUUGUCCUCAAGGGGGUGGAUAUCUUGCUCUCCCCGACCCUCGAGUCUCCAACUUAAUCCCCCAUGAUCGCACUCAGUGGAGACUCGCGAGAACCAUCACUCAGUCAGUCAAUGAAGAUGCGCUCCAGGUUCAAGAUGGCGUCGAGAUGCAUACAGAUGAGGAGUCCAAUGAUGAGCCCACUCAUGGCCCACAGCAAGCCCAGCCCCAAGCACCUCCCAGAUACUAUCCGCUUCCCCCUAAUGUUACCGAACGGUUCAAGACUCUUUGUGUCUCCAACCAAAUCAUGUCCCAGCAGAUGCACCAUAUGUGGGAGUGGCACCAAUUACAAAAACGUUUUGAGAACGUCACACUUCCUCUUCCCUAUCCGUACCCUCCACCCAUCCACCCUUAUCCACCUCCACCUUACCCCCAAUACCCAUACCCUACUCCAGAUCCCCAUGUUUAG